UGUGUGACUUGGCACAGUUUCGUGAUCAUCGUCAGUUGAGUGUCAUUCGUUGAAACGACUACACACUUGCGUUAGAAAAUUGUGUUACGAUCUAUAUCCACUUCGAAAAUGCCUGAUCCAGUCACCUGUGCGAAAUGCAAAAAAGCUAUCGAGGGAGAGUCACUAACCGCAUUGGAUCAAAACUGGCAUCCAGAACAUUUCGUGUGCAAACUUUGUGAGAAACCAAUUACAAGUGAACAGUUUGUUGAACAUGAGGGCAGUCCAGUUUGUGGUAAAUGUAAUACUGCUAAGCUCUGCGAAAAAUGUUUCCAAUGCAAAAAACCAAUCACUGGAAAAGUGUUGAAGGCGAUGAACCAAGUUUGGCACGAAGAUCAUUUUGUAUGUUCCGGACCUUGCAAGAAACCACUGUCUGGAACCGAAUUCUUUGAACGCGAAUCAAAGCCCUACUGUAAACCCGAUUUCGACAAAUUGUUCGGAGCGAAGAAAGCGCCAGCCAAACCACUCAAAUGAACCAAUGUACCAUCCAUCAGCAGAAUUACCCAACAUAUGAACAUACAACAAUGAAGAAUUAAGAGGAUCAUGACUUUACAUUUGAGAUUUGCUCGCUUUCAUAUACUGAAGCGAAAUUUGAAAUAAAUUUACG